AGCUCGUGUCUUUCGUGUCCUUUUUGUCUCUGUGUCGUCGUUUUGUUUUCGCGCUAUAAAUAUCGAUUGUUGGCGUUGUGCCAGUUGCGCGCUUUCAUACGUAUGUUAGUUACGCGCACUUAAAUCGCGUUCUGAACCAGUUGUUUAGAGACAGCAGAAAGACUUACUGAGUAAAGCAGUUUUUGAAAUUUCAGAAUGUCCACUUUUGACUCGACGAAGCCAGCCGAUAGCUCUGAAAGUGAAGAUGACGACUACGUUCCAUCGGCCGAGGAGAGCGAAGGCGAUGAGUCGGAUGCCGAAAACGACGCUGGGAGUGACGCCAAGGUGCCAGCUGGAAAGAAGCCUAAGAGGACAAAGAAAAAAACAUUUGUCGAGGAAGUGUAAGGGUGGAAUCUAUUUGGAGGGUGAAGUUAGUCCAGCACACGGAAGUCCUGAUAAAGCAAAUGAUGUCGAGGAGCUAGUUCCUGCACUCAACCCGGACGAGGAAAAGAAGCGAGCAGAUGAUCUGUGGUCUGAUUUCUUGCGUGAUGUUGAACCUAAUCCUAGGAAACGCACUGUUCCUGCUGCAAAUGUUGUCUCUGUAAGUUGCUUGUCUUAGCAUUCAAUGCUGAAACUGAAACAUUUUACUAAAUAUUUUAUAGAAGUUUAUGGAGACACAA